AUGCUCAUUCACACUGGCGAGAAGCCUUAUCCUUGUCAAAUUUGUGGAACGAGGUUCCGGCAUUUGCAAACAUUGAAGAGUCACAUCAGGAUACACACAGGGGAGAAGCCAUUUUCCUGCGACGAGUGUUCCCUGCGAUUCCGACACAAGUCUCAACUCAGACUUCAUCUCCGGACCAAGCAUGGAAUAAACACCAACACAAAGAAAUCCUACACUUAUGUUCCUGGUUUGAAAACAGCCGAUCUCUCGAAAAUCGUCAAAGAGACCAAAACCGAGGCGACUUGCUGCUCUCACUAG